AAUCAAGUAUGGGCAGCUUAUCAAUUUUCAUAAUUGAAAAUGAAGUAAAAAGCGAUCUUGAUAAUUUAUUUUUAAGGCAGGACUCUGCCCAAUGGCACGAUUUUUAUGAUGAGUGUUAUAAACACCUUAUGGUGGCAAGAGAGAGAAAGUUUAAAAUUUCUUUUGAAGGAGCUUUAACCCUGAUUCCACUAUACUACAAUCAGGUCAGCUCUUCUGAUGAUGAUGAUCUGCUGCUGAAAGGAGUGCAUGUUCUCGACCAAAUCUUGACAUUGUGCGAUGAGCGACAUCAUGAAGAGUGUCCAGACUGGCAUCAAAUUCUUGUGAAAUCAUCAGUCUUCAAAGAGUGUAUUCUUGCAGCCGUCAACAACAGUGACUGUCAUCUUCAGCUUUUUGGGGUCACUCAAGUUCUUACAUGUCUAAAAUCAAAUGCCCGUGAUUUACUGACAUCUCAAGACGAUGUUGUGCGUGGCCUGAUUAAGAGCCUUGGUGGAGGUGUGAGCUCGGUGAGCACCACGGCCAAGACAGCUCUUGUGUUGCUGUGUGAGCAGGAGCAGGGCCUGGCUGCCUUAUUCUCAGACUCUGCUGCUCUGGAUGCUCUCAAUACUGUCAUGGCAGUCAAUGAUUCAUCCAAGUUCAAUGUUUAUGAGGUGGUACAACGGGUGUGUGUGCUGGGCAGUGACCAACUGUCAAUGGUGAGCAACAGUGGUCUGCUGGACCAGCUGGUUGCUGAGGUGUCCAGCUCUGACACGCUCUCUCAGCUGGCUGCCCUCCAGCUGCUGUCAGAGUUGAUGGAGAGCGAGAAGGCGCUGGAUCACAUCAAGUCUGCUGGUGUGUUGCACCAGCUGCAGACAGCUUUACUGCAGGCACACUCGUCUCAAGACUCUCUUGCUGCUAUGAACAUUCCUGGGCUGCUGAAGGUGUUCGGGGUGGUAGGCAGAACCCGUCCUGAACUGGUGUGCAGGGAACACAGCGCUGUAGUGUCGCUGAUGCUGCAGCUGAGCAGCGACUCCUCCAGCGACCCUUGCCUCUCCAUCAUUGCUCUGGACACAUUAGUCCAGCUCGCCAACACCUCCAACGCCAAGAAACUCCUGCACUAUAACUUCCGCAGUGAAGUUGAUGAAUGGCUGAAGACGCUGGGGCGGCAGCUCCAGACGGCGCCCAUGGAGCAGCGAGCUCGCCGCCUCUCUGCCCUUGUGCUGCUCUUCAGCGUCCCUGCCUUGCCUCAGGACGACCGCGUAGAGAGCGACGACCUGCAGGAGCUGCUGCAGGGCUGGUACAACUUAGUGUUCCCGUGCGGCACCCUGGAGCCCGUGGACAAGUUCAUGCGGUUGCCCUUCCCAGAGAUGCAUCUCGAGGCCUACCACCUCCUGCGUGCCCUCAUCAGGCUGCCUUGGGGCGCUAAAAUGGUCGCGGCUAAUACCGCUACACUGAAGUACCUGUUGGACCGGUCCACUGAGAGCUGCAAGGAAGGCAAGGAGCUCAAGUACGCCGUGGCGAAGGCUCUUCUCUGCAACCCUGAAGUCCUGAGCGAGGAGGCAGGCAAGCAGGCCUAUGAUGCCUUCAAAGCCUACGUCAAAAAUGGACCUUUCUACGUCGAGCCUUACGUAGAGCUCGGUGUAGGCCACCUGCACGGCUGAGCGAUCCGCCACGAAUUCCCGCUCAGUAUUCAGAACACCUUUGGAUUAAUGAGGAUCAAGUUCUGGGUUAACUUGGAUAUUUAUUUUCUUUAUGUUCAUAGUUGCAUAUGAGGAAAAGUGAGAAUUCCUCUAAUUGGUUAAAUUUAGGAUUCAUUAUGGCUGAGUUAGAAGUGAUCUCAUCUCUUUAUGUAUGUUGAAUUAUUCAAAUUUCAUAUGUCAGUUUCGUGUUACUUUUAUAUGGUUUAAGUUUAUUGUCUUGCGAAUUGAUCAUUUUCUCUAUUUGACUAACUUUGAGGAUCUGGUUUAAAUAUUACUGCAUCAUCAUUCUCUUGGUUGUUUACGAUGCUUGAUGGGUUUUUACUUACUUAUGAAAGGAAUAAAGUAUUUACAGCACAAUCUCUUGAGUGAAGAAAAGCAUCAAUCUAUAUAGAGAAGCAAUUUAAACAGUGUUUCAGGAACCAAGAUCCCGAAAAUUUUGUUUAUGGCUGUGUUUUCUUCAAUAAAAAGAAAGCAGUGGA